CUUCAUGAGUUGCCCGGUGCACACAACCUUUGGGAAUCUACCUGGUCCGGUUACACAGAGGAGUUCAACAUGGCUUCGUAUAAGUCACGCGUCAACCCUCCAAGAAGGGAGGACCAAACGCCAUACACCCAAGUACCAACAACCCGGUUACCACAACGGUCGGUAACCCCAACGUUGCAAUCGGGUCAUUCUAAACUUCAAAAACGAAACCCCAACCGAGACGAGCAACCGCGCUCUAGCUCCCGGGCACCUUCAACAGUACGAUCGCGUCAAGAUAGGACCAUUCCCACGCCCCAGCCCAGCUCAAGACCGUCCUUAUCCAAGACUCCGCUCCAGCAUUCUUCCUCUCGCUUACCCAAGCUUGAAGUGCCUCGAGCGGUCAUCACACCUACACCGUCUUUGGUAUCCGGAUCAUCUGUAUCUACAUCGGACAGUCCUCGAUCAAGUGUGCUCCGCAAGAAACAGUCGAGUCUUGCAGCUAGACCUCGCAGGGAUGAUUCGUUGCCGUCGUACGAGGGAAGACAAAUGAUCAAGGAACCAUUUUCUUCAUUCAAAGAUCCUUUCUCAGAAACAGUUUUGGGGAUAUCCAUUCCGCAGACCUCAAAUACCCCGGUUCCUCUUCAAGUCGACACGGAAUACGCCUACAGCUAUGAACCUGGUCCUACGGAUAUGGCACCGCCGUCAUUUCCACAGUAUGCGCCCUCUACAACCCCAUCCACGGGCUACUCAGCAUCACCAAGUCUCUUCAGCGUCUCCUCCACCCCGAAUUCCCUGUCUUCUUACUCUCCGGGCGUAACACUACCAAGUAAACCCGCUACUCGCAUGCGACAGGCAAGUCCGUUAUCAGGAAAGCCGCCGGGCGCCAAAUUUGCCACACCCGAACCAUCGUCGAGCCGUGGACCAACUCCGUCCACUUCUGGCAUGCAGGUUGAGCGCCAGAAAGCAAAGCAAGGCACUGAACGAUUGCCCGCUGUCCGUCGUCCGUCAGGAAGUGCUACAGAAAAGCCUCGUGUGCAAGCACCUCCUGAGCUAGCGCAUCUGGCCGACUCGCCCGCCACUUCGAGAAGACCAUCCAGGCCAAGUAGAGAAGGCACUUCGGAAAUUGUCGGACUCCGCGGUCCCUCGCCAGUUAUCCAAAGCAACAUGUCUAGUUUUCCCUCUGCACACAGACGCACUCCAUCUACCGAGUCAGCCAGUGUGCCAAACAGUAGAGCCAGAUUUGGUCUUCCUUCCAAGUCUUCUUCGCGGAAUCCUUCUCCCAACCCCAGCCUCGCAUCAGCAUCUCAUGCUCCUAUCCGUGGGACCACCCCCGACGUUGAGAAGGAGCGGUCUCAGACACUGCCUACUAAGUCGUCGAGAUUUGGCUUCUUCACACGUCGCACAAAGACCGAACCCUCAACCGCAAAACCCGAAAAGAAACACCGCAGAGGGCCUGCUGCUGGGACUGGUCAUGAAGGUUAUGGUCGUUAUGCCUUUCGAGGCCGGAGUGGAAGUACUGGGAGUGUCACACCAAGCAUUGGCCAUUCAGCUAGUGCGGCUACGACAUCUGAGAGCCUUACCAGGACCCCAUCCACUCGCAAGAGCAGUGUGACGAGCACCUCGAGCACCGACAUGGAUGACUUCCUUCUGAACAGACUUGCACCGAGAGUCAUUCGUGGGAAUGGAAGCAGCGACGGUUUGACACGAAGCCCUGAGCCAAUGGAAAGUACCAGCAGUCUGAAUGUUUCCAGUCCACCUGUGGAGCACCAGAAGAAGGCUGAAGUUGAGGCUAAGCGACCAUCGCUGUUGCCAUCUGCAAUGUCUGGCCCAGUCCGCAGCCUCUCGCCAACGAAGAAGCCUGUGAUUGGAUCUCGACGACCAUCAGAGAGCGAUGAUGACACGAAAAGAUCUUUUAUACCGUCUCUAACCUCUAAACGCACAUCACGCAUGUCCAAGGUCAUCGAACCGAAACCUACUCCUCGGGCUCCUCGAAGUGGCAGUGCGCUCGGGAAAGGUAGAAAGGGUUCUGUUGAUGACUAUGCUUCAGAUGGUAAAGAAGGCAACUGGCUGAAAGCUUCCAAGAAGGAGAAGGAGGUUUCGAAGCCCAGGAAAUGGAAUUUCUUCCAGCGCGCUCACGCAGGUCCUCGUGCAGCAACGCCUGCUGUGGAAGUAGCUACAGCUGUGCCUGCGUCUCGCUCGGUGGCUCACUAUGCACUGGCUUCGGAAGCAGGUAUCGAUCUCGAGGAUAUAGAACAAUUGAUGGAGGAAGACAGCUCACCGGAAAGUGAAUCUAUCCCCGUCGAGACACAUGAAGAGACUCCGGAGGUCAAAGAGCGCUUGCAUUCCAUGCUUCUCCCACCAAAACCUGUUCUUCCUGCUGAGUUCGCUAUGCAGGCUCGCCCAGCAUCGCCAAAGGUUUCUCUGCGAGGGGAGUCAGAUUCUGAUACACAACGCCUAGACGUCGGCGUCAAUAAUUCUAUUGCCCACGAGAUUUCCGAAUCUCACGACCUCGGGGACCUUACGCCUGUGACCGACCUCUCUCCUUGCUCAUCUCCGUCCAGACCCUCUUCUCCAGUGGAAUCAGUCGUCUCGCCAAAGACCACCACUCUUGGUCCUUUGCCUGUGUUUGCACCGAAAAUGGCAUCACCUCCGGAACUACCCCAAAUAUACUCUCCUCCCCUCGGCCCACCACCUUCGAGCCCACCACCCAAACCCAGCCGCUUAGCUCAGGUUGGUCGGAUCCCACAAGUAGUAUCAAGACGCAACCAACCGCAUCGGCCUGCGCAGUCUUUCUCACGUCCAUUUGCUGCCAAUCAACCCCACCCCUCUCUGCCUACUCGAACCUCCAUUGAUGCGACUUCCUACUACGCUGAGCCAUACCCCGUGCUCCAGGGGCUUAAUGCGCUCUCACAUGCAUCGGCUAUUGCAACACUGAGUCCCACCGCGGAAGAAUCCCACCGCCAGAGCGAGUUCUUCAAGUUCCCUCAGCGCAAAGAUUCCGAGGUGUCGUAUUCGAGCAGCUCUGGUACCUGGAGUUUUCUACCAACAGCCGGCACUGCUAUUGUACCGCCAACUGGUGCUCCUCAGUCUGAAGAUGAGGUCUGGAACGAAUAUGAUGAUCUCAUUGACGAGGUGCUCUCGCCUUCGGAGGCUGACGCAAAGUUGAAGCCACGCUCUUCACUCGAACCACUUCCUCUCAACAUCAAGACGGAUGCCACACAUCCAUCGUACCAUCUCCGUCGAUCCCGCUUGCUCUCUGUUCUGCAUGCGCAGUCACCAACGUCGCCGGUAUCUCUGUCCGAGUUCCUCCAGGGCUACGGCGAAAAGACCAUCAGCGUAGUCGAUCCCGUCACUGGACGUCUAAGCUUCCCGUCCGCCCGCAUGUCCUCUGGCUCCGCUCCCCGCAACAAUCGAGCCAGUUCCACGCGCUCCAGUCUUCCUGCUUCCCUAACCCUUAGCGCUCGCCCAUCUAAAGCAACUCUCGCAUCCUCAUCCGAAAAAGACCGCGACACCAAACUCAAAGAACUCACCGAAGCAGACGGAACCGGCCUAGUCUCCAUGGCGAACCUUCGAUUCGGCGCCCUCAUGACAAGCAAAUGGCUCAGUUUCGGCCGUGUCCUUUUCAGCCCCGCACACUUCGAGCUCAAGAACCCCGAAGACCGCGUCCUCGUCAUCGACGGUCUUGGAAAAGACUGGUCGUACUACUGCGCUCUCACGUACCCCGAAGCCACUGUAUACAACCUCGGCCCAGGCGCUUCAGUCUCCCCUCAAUCAGGUAGUGGCAAUGCCACUGCUGCCAAUGAGCCCUGGUCAACACUCGCAAACCACCGCCACAUCUCGCAUCCUUCCCCCAAAACCGCUUUCCCCUUCCCAAAAGGCUUCUUCGCUUGCGUCGUGCUGCGAUUCCCCUCCGCCCUUCCUUCCUCCACCCACCGCUUCGUUAUCUCAGAAUGCAAACGUGUGCUCCGUCCAGGCGGGCAUCUCGAGCUCAGCGUUCUGGACCUCGAUCUUGUCAACAUGGGAAACCGCGCGCGUCGUGCCGUCCGGGGUUUGAAAGUGAAGAUGCAGGUUGCGGAUGAGAAUACGUCGCUGAGGAACAUGAGCGACGAGAUCAUGGGGGUAUUGGGACGGAAGGGGUUUGUGGAGUGUAACCGUUGUUUUGUGGGGGUGCCUGUUGCUGGAGGACUUCCUUGCCCUUCGGACGAUGCAUCGACCAAAUCGACAAGCAGGAAGGGAAGCGUGGCGAGCUCUUCAGCUUCCGGUGCUGCCGCUGCAGCGGGUAAGAAGCAGUCCUCGACAAGGACAGCGACACCUAAACAAGAACUCUCCUUCACCGAACUCCUAAACCUGACGUCCUCUCCCACCCCCUCCUCCUCAGCAUCUACCUCGACAUCCAUCGCAGACAUGGUCGCGCGCGUCGGUCGGUGGUGGUACAGCCGAUGCUACGAGUCCGUCGUGCUCCCCGAAGCCGGAUCGUCCUCCGCCACCGAGAACAGCGGACAGAUGCUAGAAACCAGUCUCUGGAACGAUGAAGCGCUUGUGCGCGAGUGCGAGAAGAGAGGCACAAGUUUCAGGCUGCUGAUUGGGUUUGCGACGAAGCCCGAGUGCGGUGUGAGAAGGACCGUCAGUGUUUGA